UGUUAUGAAUACUGAUUCUAUUGAUGAAUUCUUUGAUGAACUUCGUUCCCAAUGUUUUGAAGUCAUUGAUUUUGUAAUUCUGUCUGUGAAUUUACCUCAAAGUUACGGUGAAUAUUCUCGAAAUGUUGAAGCACUCUGUCGUAGAAGUCAUACAGAACAAGAAAUUUUAACUAAUCAUUUAUAUGAUAGUUUAUCAACCAAAUAUAAUUACUUUCAUAAUAUGAUGAUUGAAGAUCAAUCACUUGAAAAUUAUGUAAAAAUUAUUAGCCAAUGGGAACAUAUUUUACGUAUCUUAGCAUUAUUAUUCAACUAUUUAGAUAGAACUUAUUUAUAUUCUCAUAGAUCUAAAUCACAGAUUAGAAAAUUUGGUGCUGAAUUAUUAGUAAAUGAUGAACAAAUUACUAAUCGGUUAUUUAAAUUAUUUAUGGAUGCUGUAACAAAAUAUAGAAAUGAUAGAAGUAAAACAGAUUUGUUGAUUCCAACCGGAAGUAUCAUAAGAAGAUUUUAUCUGUCAUCAUCUUUUAUGAAAACAACAUACUUAAAUAAAUUAGUCCUUCCUACUGUACCAAUUGAUAAGACUGAAAUUAAACAUGGUAAGUUCUAUUUACAAUAUGUAUUAACAGAAAUCGAUUACGAAAUUCAAUUCUUAAAUAAAUGUGGAUUUGAUAAAGAAACCAGGAAUAAAGCAUUCCAUAAAUUACGUUGGCAAUAUAUCUUUAGUGAAUUUACAGAUGUAAUUCAAGGAAACCUUUCUUAUCUUUUACUUCCUCAGAAUAGUAGAGAAUUAGAAUUAAUUCUUGACUAUUGUGAAGAUGUAGAAAAAUUAGAUACUAUUAAUUUAUUAAGUCAAUUCGCUUAUCAAUGGAAAUUAUAUUUAGAUAAUAAACUUCAAAUGGUUGAUAGUGAAAAUUCUUUAGGAUUAAUUACCAAAUUAUUGGAUUUCUAUAAUACAUAUCAACUUAUGGUGGCAUCAUCAUUUAGAGGUAUACCAUUAUUUCAAGCUGAACUCAAGAAUUCCCUCAAGGAUUAUAUUAGAAAAAAGGAUUUUAAUUCCAUUAUUCUUUCUCAAUUAUCGAAAUAUUGUGAUGCUUAUUUCAGAAAUGUUUAUAAUCGUCGAAAACAAGAUAUUACUUUUAAAGAUUUCAAACAGAAUGUAUUGAAUAUUUUUUAUUCAAUCACCAAUAAAUCAGAAUUCAUAAUAUAUUAUAAACUUGAUUUAUCAAGAAGAUUACUUAAUUCCAAAGAUAUAAAUUUAAAUGAUGAAACAGAACUUAUUGAAGGAUUCAGUAAAUUGAUUGGUGAGAAUGAUGAAGGGAUUACUAGUUUAAAUAAAAUGAUUGCCGAUAUAAUUAUGUCAAAUGAAGAAUUGAAUAUUGUUAAGGAUGGUAUUUCAUUUAAUUGCUUAGUUCUAGAUAAGAGUGUAUGGCCCACAGUCCCUCCAUCAGAAUUGCAAAUCGAAUUACCUGAAUCUCUUCAAUCAUUCAUUGAUGAUAUUAAGAAUCAUCCAAAGAUUGAUCGAAAAUUAUUACACUGGAAUUAUUACAAUUUCUAUCAAAUUAUAAUUAAAACUCAAUUCAAUGAUAAAGAUAAAGAAUUAUCAGUUAACUUAUUUCAGGCAUUAGUAUUACUUGCAUUUAAUGAUCAUGAAAUACUUAAUAUUGAUGAUUUAUGUCGUAUAACUCGUAUAGAAAAUAAGUCUAUUAUGAAAAGAAUCGUUAAUUCAUUAAGUACAGAUAGAUACAAAUUACUUAAUCAAAUUAAUGAUAAAUAUAUUGUGAAUGAUUCAUUUACUGAUAAAUCACUGAGAAUUAGAAUUCCUUAUGUUAAAGAAAAAGAAUCAAUUCCUCGUAAUCUCACUACCAAAUCAUCAAUUGAAGAUGAUACUGAAGCGGAAGAAUUAAUUAGUCAACGUAGACAAACCGCAUAUAAGAGUACAUUGGUUAGACUUAUGAAACAACAUACUCAAUUAAAAGUUGUUGAACUAUUCAAUCAAUGUAUUGAAAUUUUAGAAGUCAAGGGCCCCGUGACUAUUCAAGAUUUAAAGAACGGUUUAGAAGCAUUAAUUAACGCUGACUACAUUCGAAGAAUCGAUCAAGACUCAGUCGAAUACAUCCCAUAAUGAUGUAUGUUCUAAUUACAAAUAAGUAUAUAUUAACGAAAUAAUG